AGUGGCCCUUCUACAGCUACCUGCCGCAGCAAAUGCCGAACGAGGAGCUGCGCAGACACCUGAUUGAGGUGUACAUACACCAGACCAUUGCCCGCCAGGGUUUAUCUCAUCUUAAAGAAAAACUUGUGACUCAGGAAACCCUCAACCGCUUCUACGUUGUCGUGGAGCACAUGAUGUUGGUGUCUCAUUUAGUCUGGGCUUUCUGGUCAAUCGUUCGGACAAAGGUGCCUGAAGACCCAGAGUCCUUCUCUUAUCUUGACUACGCCAAAACUAGGCUAGAGCUUUACAGCGAGAAGAAAAAGGAGAUGUUGGCGAGUGGCAUUAUCUAA